AUGGAGCGCACGCUCUUCGUAGAACCUUGGACUCUGUUCCCAGCAUCCGCACUUUGGUCCAACACCACCCCCACCUCCCCAGCAGCACCUACCCCUCUCCCCGGCUCGUGGGGACUGGUCUACGCCCUGGUGCCCCCGUACAUCUUCCUCAUCUCGGUGCUGGGCCUCCUCUUCAACGCUUUUGUUCUGACCGUGUUCUUCCUGUCGCGGGACCACCUCUCCGUCGCCGACUUCUACCUCGAGAACCUGGCCCUCGCAGACUUCCUCUUGAUGUCCUGUUUGCCUUUCUGGGCCACCAACAUCCUCGCCAAAUUCAACUGGCCGCACGGCGACGCAAUGUGCAAGAUUGUCAACUCUGCCAUUGUCGUCAACUUGUAUGUCAGCAUCCUCAGGCUGGCCAUGGUCAGCGUGGACCGGUAUCUCGCGCUGGUGAAAACCAUGAAGGCUCUGUGGCUUCGUCGAACGCUCUACGCCAAAAUGAUCUGCUUCGUGAUUUGGAUUCUUGCCAUUUUGCUAAGUCUUCCAACGAUUGUCCACAGAAGAGUAGCGUAUGUGGAAGAACUGGAUAGGCAGUAUUUCAGGAAGAAGGUUUGGAGCGUUUACAGAAGAGCCAGGGGCAAGAGAAGGGGGGAGCAGAGGGGGUCGGACAUGAGCGCGUUCCAGAAGUCACAAAUUUCUACGUACAUCAAUCGCUCGGAGCAGAUAAAGCCAGUGGUGCUGGUGCUGGUGCUGGUGAACGCCAACAGUUCUCAAACCAUGUUUUAG